AGUAGUACCCAAAACCUCAGCUUAGCUUUUAGUUAUAUUUUGCUUCAGAAAGAUGCCUUACUUUGAAAGCUGCUAUAAAUCAAAUCCCAUAACUUGGAAACAUAAGAAAGCGAAUAUAAAUAUUGUAAAUAAAUUGAAUUUGAGACAGUUUCGAGGCACCUGCAGGUUUACAAGACUAUUCGAUCAUCGGGUCUUUGACAAAGUUCCACCGAGACUAUGCUUUUAUUUAGAUAAAAUGAUAAAAGAAGGAGGGCAGGAUGUCUGCGACGGUUAUGUUUUCCUGGGCUUUACAAGAUGCUCCAAUUGGUUACUGUCUUAUACAUGGUCUGUAGAACUUCUUGAUUACCGGCUUAUAUACUCUUUCAAAUUGCAAUGGUGGCGAUAUAAAGUAAACGACUGUUUAAAACUUGAAAGAAGUGUAAGGCUUUUCGGUGACGAUGAAAUCGAUAAACUCCUCUUGAUCAGAAUAUGGCAAUGGCCAAAAUGUGGGGAUAAGAUAUUAAUUCAAGGAGAAGCUGGUCCGAAUGAUUCUCAACACAAAUCCGCUUAUGUUACAAUAAUGGCCAAACCUAGUCUGGAAUUUUGUCAGGACUGCAACUCAAAAAACUGUAUAAAACACUGGUUCGCCGUUCACACUAAAUACGAAAUAGCUCCACCUUUCCCCCCCCUGUCAUCGGAUACAGUUAUAAUACCCGGCAUGGCUUUGUUUCAUUCCGGGGAUAUUUUCCAUUCGUUAUCCGUGUGUGCUGAGAAGUUUGAGCUAACAAAAGAACCGGAAGUUGAGCAUACCUCAGGCAGACCCUCACCAAGAAUUCAAUCUCCCGCGUGCUCUCAAACGGAAGUUAAUUCUAGCCUAUGCUCCUCUUGCGUUAAUCAAGUCUCUAAAGUGCAUGAAAUUACUGGUGACCUUGGUUGUCUAACAUCUUCCGUAAGAAGAUAUGUAUUUGAUAAUCCCAACUCAGAACAAACAUUAGGACCAGAUGAUCUACCCUUUGAUAUAGAAGAUGAUAUUACAAUGCAAUACCAUACUGUUUUACCUGUUGAUGUUAGAAUAGGGAAAAAGAAUUUAAAACUAUUAAAUCAUGUGCCUAAAACGAAAACCAAUGUUUUGACCGUCAGGCACUUAUCCUUGGAUAUUGAACACCUUAUUGGAGAAAUUAUACGGAUUGACUCUGAAUUAUCAAAACGUUUCAUAGCUUUAAUCACAUACGAUGUUAAAGUACUUUACGUACAAGAAGAAACUAUGUCUGUCUUUCUCAUUAUAUUUUGUUUGAUUAAAGGGAGAAAACCUGGUGCCUUGUGCAUACGCCAACAUGGUGAGGAAAUGUAUAGCGUUCAUGUAACUUUAGAAUGGAGUUUAAUUACCGGCGCUCAUGUUAUUCAUAAAAGAAGCCCCUUACAAAGAUAUUUAGGAAAUAAGAAGAGCUUUAAAGGGUCUAACGUUCGUUAUAUUGGACCACCAAAAUCUGAAAAUGUUAUUAUGGCAGAUAACGAACCAUUUUUAAGAGACGAAUCAAAGACAUGUAUAUCUGAUCAUGCCGGUACAAUAGCUCUAAGACUGUAGUACGUUUACUAAAAUAACUAAUGUACAAAUAACAAAAAAUAUACUUUGUUGAAGAAUGAUCACACAUCGUGCGAUAAAAAUGACAUCAAAUAAAAACUUAACUCGUACAAUAUAUAAUAUAGUAUUUGUAAUUCUAUUCUCUGCAGCUCACAGGGCAUAGCUAGCGCUCUGAGAAAAAUUUUAGAUUGUUUUUUAUAUAUUUCCUUUAUCGCUAUAUUUACUUAAAUAAUAAACUACAUCGAAA